UAUUUACAAGCUGCAGAUAUUAAAUUACAGGUCUACAGAAAGAUGAUGAAUGCACAAGUUGAGCAUUUUCUACAUUUUAAAAAGCCUCUAAAUAUCAACCCAACUGUCACCAAAUGAAUAUGUUGGGGGGUUAGUUUGUUAACGGGGCUGUAAUGUGAUCGUCUAAAAAGCCACCUGCCGCAUCCAAACCCGACACGCAUUUGUCUGUCCCAGAGACAAGUUGGUGGAAAUGAGAUUAUCCGGUCACUUUGGGCGCCUGCUACAUUGAAUCUGAGCGCCGAGCAGCUUCCAGAGCCCGGACACUUUAUCUGAAGUAGCCCAUGGCCGUCCCUUGUCAGGUCAUUUAAUGUGGGACCGGCUAUCAGGAACAAAUAAGGCCGCGCGAAGCCCUUGCCAAGCUCAAUGGGUGCUGCUGAUUCACUGCCAAUGUUCAAUAAGGCUGCUGUCCUUUCAUGUUAAAGAGAGGCGCCGUGGCUUCCAAUGUCAGGGACUGGAUGUGCGUAAUUACGCACCGGUACAAGUUAUUAUCAUGCCUGUAUUAUUUUCAUUCUGCUUCACCAUCAGGGUUAUACUGAUUUAAAUUGUAUGUUUCUGUUACUACAUAUACAACCAACACAAAUAAACGAUUAUAUAGCUAUAUCGUAUAAAGGUGUAAACAUUGAAGGUUUAAAAUUAUUAUUCAUUCCAUCUUAAAAAGUGUAAUAUUUUAAGCAGUAAACGCCACUGUGCAGGCAGAUGUCAAAUAACAAUAUAUAUACAUAAAUUGAUUGUAUAUAUUCGACUUGAAGGAUCUGGAUUAGAAGGGAAAUAAAUCGAGGCUGACAUUUCUCCCCUUUGGUCUCUCCUUUAUAACACAUCUAUGAUAAAUAGUCUUCAGGUCAUAAAGCUGAGCGUUCCACCAGUUUCUGUGUGAACUUAUUAUCCCCGUGCAUUCCAAUGAUAGACUGAGGUGAUGACGCAGAGAGCAGGAGAACAGAUGAGGCGCACUUUGUGUCUAUAACCUGGAAAGUGGCGAUGCGCAGAAAUAUCAAUUCACCUCACACUGAAAAAGUUUUUUCCCCGUUUUCUCAGCAAAACGUAUAAAAAGUGAAAAUAUUUGCAGGGACGAGCGUUGCACUGACAGAUGAUUGUCAAAACACCAUUUGGUUGGAAUUCUAAAAUAAUAGAUGUUCGUAGUCUCUGUGAGUUUUUCACAUGUUUGAUUUGAUUUUCCAUGAAGUCGAUUUCUCUUUAAUCUUCAUUAAUUAUAAUAACAACGACUCAAAAUCAGUCAGAAAUGAUGAAGAUGUAUUUUCUUAAUACAACUUGUUAUAUACAUAAAGCAAGCUGACGCCCGUGGUUAUGGGAAAUCUUGGUUAUUGUGCCAAACCGUGGGCCUACCCCCAUUAACAUUCAAUCAGUCAGUGUAGUGCCAGCCAAUGAAAGGUGGAGAGGGAUGGAGGAGGACGGAGCUGCUAGACGGAGCGUUUUGACGCGCUGAGAGGAGGACAGAGCGUCACAUCUCUCCAAACGCCCAUCAAACUUUCAGCACAGCCUGUAGAGAAGAGCCAGUCCUCUGACAGAGGCCUGUGAGAGACAACGAGGACACGCUGGAUUCUGGGAGAGCGGCUGGACAGCAAUGGAGACACUACUGGCGAUGACUUUUGGUACAGUUUGACCCAGCUGUGCACCGAAAACACCCUGUUCAGGUUUCUAUUUUUCAUCCCAUUCUAUUUGCAUCAGAGCUACGGGAAUGGAGCAAGCACCUAGCGCGCCGAGCCCUCCUUCCAAACCGACCCAUCACGAGCCCAUCAGCUUCGGCAUCGACCAGAUCCUGGGAGCCGGUACGGAGCCAGAGAGCGGGCGCACGGCAGGAAGACAAAGUGGAUCCGAUUUAAGCAGCGGGGACGGUUAUUACAGUUUAGGAAGCCCGACCGGGGCCAGCGCGCCCUCGUACACCGCGCUGUCUAUCUCCCUCUCUGGUAUAAUGCCUCCAGUGGAGGCUCCGGGUUCAUACGGGGAGAGCAGGAGUCUCGGAAGCCGGGGAGUGAUUCGAGUCCCGGCGCACAGACCCAUGACAGCCCCAGGACCCCCGACCCCUGUCCAGGGCGCUGUGCCUGGGUUCGGAGGGCUGUGCUUCCCCUGGAUAGGAAACAGGUUCGCCAAGGACAGAAUAUCAGCAGCCCUUGUGCCGUUCGCCGUUACGCGGCGGAUAGGUCACCCGUACCAGAACCGGACGCCUCCCAAGCGGAAAAAGCCCCGCACGUCCUUCUCCAGAGUCCAGAUCUGCGAGCUGGAGAAACGCUUCCACCGGCAGAAGUACCUGGCCAGCGCCGAGCGCGCGGCCCUGGCCAAGAGUCUGAAGAUGACGGACGCACAGGUCAAAACCUGGUUUCAGAACCGCAGGACCAAGUGGAGGAGACAGACAGCCGAGGAGAGGGAGGCGGAGCGUCAGCAGGCCAAUCGUCUCAUCCUGCAGCUGCAGCAGUCCGCCCUCCAGAAGUCCCUCGGCGAAUCAGCGGUGUCGGAUCCACUGUGCGCGCACAACUCCUCCCUGUACGCGCUGCAGAACCUCCAGCCUUGGGCCGAGGAGCGGGAGUAGAGACCCAACUCUCUGCACUGCAAUCAAUAAGCAUCUUAUCUGUGAUC